AUGAAAAUACUUAAAAAACGAAAUAAAAGAACUGAAACAAGUCAAAAUAAUGAAAAUAAAGACAAACCACAAACUUCUCUAUCUUCUGAUAGAAUAACGGGAGACCCGGAGACUGCUGCAGUAGAGAAUAAUGAUGCCAUAAAUAAUCAAAAUCAAACUGAUCAAGAGCCCAAUACUUCAAGUUCAAUGGCAGAAAAUCUGGCUCAAAAUGAAACUAAUGAGAAGCCUUCUGUCAAAAGCUCACUUGGUGGUCAACAAUCUGACCAUUUGCAAACUAAUGAUUCGCCAUCAACGUCACGAAUUCAGGAAGACGAUUUAGCAGAAAAUUCGUCGGAUGAUGAACAACAAGGUGAUCCAAAUACUGAAGACCAUGAUGAUCAAGAUGGUGAAAGUCAAGGCAAUUUAUCGGAUAGUGGCCAAAACGAUGUUAAUCCUAAUCACGAAUCACGUGAUGAUGGUCCACAAAGCGUGAUUGAUGAUCAAGGUUUGUCAUCUCAAGCGAACAACUCAAACCAGGGUUCGUCAGGAUCGGCUAACAAUUCUACAAAAAGAGUUGAUGGUGAACAAGAACAAGAAGUUGAUUUAUUUAAACGACCCAAGGCUCAUAAAACUGAUUCAGAACGAGUGCAAAGACCACCUCAGAAUCUUGAAAAAUACUUUACCGUUACUUUUCACGUUCAUAUGCCUACAAAUCUAUCUAAAAAUUACAUACCUGUUGUACUUGGCGAUAUUCCUGCAUUGGGAGUAUGGAAAGAACCACUUGUAAAGCUUCAUCGUUUUGGCGGUGAAAAUAUCGAUUACUGGAUUUCGGAUCCUAUCAAAAUUCCCACAUCCUAUAUUACCGGAGAUCGAAACAUCGCAUAUAAAUAUGCCAUAUGGUGCAAUUCACGUUUUUCAUUGCUCACAAAAGAAAUUACUUUUGAAGGCUAUGGUGAAAAAGAUAACCGAGAGUUAAUUUUAAAAGAAGAUUUUUAUGAUAUUUGGAAAUCAAAUUGGGAUUAUAGUUUGAAAAUGCUUAAAGAAUGUUAUUUUGUCAAAGACAUUUACAUGUCAUUGAACGCAAAUAAUUUAAAAGACACGAUAAUUGAAUAUCAAUCGUUACGAAAAGCACAUCCUAGGGCAAUGAUUUCCGCUACAAAUUUGAACUUUAUAGCCGAGAGUGCAAUGGAUGCCGAUUCGUUCAAUCAAAAGAUAUUCUUAUGCCUACUUCUAGGCUAUCACAUAGAAGACCAUGAAACGAGUAAGAAAAAUCACUUUCGACUUUCGGAUAAUUUUCCUUCUGUACCUUUGCUCGAAGGUAUUUGUGCUAUUGGAUCAGAUAGCUUGCCUUCGAAUACAGUGCGUUUGCUUAGGCCUACAAUUGCGGCUCUGGUAAGACAGAACUCAUCGCCAAACUUUACUGGAUGCGAGUGGAUGCAUUUAUUUUCUGUAGCGGCCGAAGUAGACCCCACGUACGAUUUUUUAAAUCAUGUACAAAAAUGGGAAUACGAAAUGGCUUUUUUACCACUUAAAUCCGCUCUGAAAAAAAUUGUAAAGCCAGUAAUCGAUAAAACAAUAUCAAUGGCAGAUUAUUUACAUAUACUUAAGAAACUUUUCGGUCUUACUACCACCAUCGAUAUGUUUGUCUUUAUAUGGCAAGAUAUCGUUCGUGUUGAGGUCAAAGAUUGGACUCAUUACUCCGACCUUCAAGUUCAAAUGCGCGAACAUUUUUAUAAAUUGAUUGCCUCGAAAAAUGCAGCGAGCUUGUAUGAGUGUCUCAAUAUAAUGCCAAAGGGAUUUCAUCUAUUAGUAGCGGAAAAGUUACGAAAAAGAAUGUUUGAUCUGUUGUAUAGUCAAAGAAAUAAUAAAUGGGACGAGAAGAGUGUUGAAUACAUUUCUAAAUUAUUAUCCGAAGAAAGGCUCUCUUGGACGAGUGAUGAUGCUAUUCAAGCCUUGGAUAUUAUCAGUAAAUCUCAAGAUCUACUUUUAUUAAAGAAUUUUCCGAAAUUUCUGGAGAAUGUGAUAGAAUAUAAAGAUAAAAAUUUCUGGAAGAAAACAUCAAGCAUUUGCAUCCAUUGGUAUCAACAGAUUCUCGCUCUCAUUUGUGGAGAUAAUGUGGAACGUCAGAUUAGAGGAAACUUUGUCAAUUAUAUUUUCGCUUACCUAUCAGUAAUCUACCCUAUUAUUGCUGAAAUCGAUUCAUUAGUUGACCAAUUACAAAAAACUGCAGUCAAGCAGGUUGAAAAAUUUACUGAUGAACUUGUAUUCAAAGCCACUGCUUCAAUUGGGGGUAAUUCGAAUAUAAAGAUUGUAGAAUGUUUUGAGCAAGUGAUCAAGAGGCGUUUAGAUCAUGCUAUUCAAAAUAGCGACGAAAAACUUAAAAAACAUAUAAUGAAUAUUUGUGAUUGUACCAACCUGAAUCAGGGAUUAAAUGUUCCUAAUAAAUUAUGUGAGGAGAUAUUAUUCUACAUAAUGACCCAAUUGCAGAGGAAAAUUCCUGACUUAUUGAUUGGCGAUAUUAUCCCUGAUAAUCUUCACAUCGUUUUACUCGACUCCUCCAACUUUUGGGUGGUGAUUUUGCAAGCUUCUGGCACGGUGAAACGCUUACAUUCUCAUGUUCACAUACGAAAAGUUGUGAAUGCCAUUGUUCAGCUCACCGAAAUGCUUCAAAAGAGUAAUAUCAAUAUAAGUCUGCUUCGAAAUGUGUUAAAAUAUUCGAAUCAAAGAUUGCUUCGUUAUCUUGGAGCUGUCAAACAAUCUAGUAUCACUGAAAAAUAUCUUAAUGCCAUUCGUGAAGAUUGUUUAGCAUAUGAGAGAAAAUUGAGGCAAUUGAACAAUUUUUACACUCAUUUUUGCUCAGACCAAAGAUUGACCGACACCCAACAUUAUAACAAUGAUAUUGAGCAACGAAGGCGAUCGCUUGACAAAACAUCAUUGGGUGAAGUUCUAUCACUAGAUUAUUGGACGAUGCACGAACAAAUUCUUGAGAUUGCGGAACAAUCUGAUAACUUUAUAAAUUCGCAGACUUUUGCCAAUUUUUUCGAAAAUUGUUUGGAAAAAGAAGCCAGUGAUUUGUCAGUUUUGACGAUAGCAACAAUUAUUAUGCAAAACACAUUCACCGAAUAUGAUGAAUUAAUUAAAAAGUGUAAUAACUGGAAAAAGCUAAAAAUCUCAUCUGCAUCCCUACUUUGGAAAAAUACAAAAAAUGUCGAUGACGAAUUAAAAUUCUUAUCAAAAUGCAAACGCUUGAUUGUAACUAGGGAUUUUGCGACCGGAAUAAAGAAUCUUGUAGACGUUCCAAUAUGGAAGACUGUAGAAAUAUUUAGAGUUGAUGAUAAUAAAAAACGGCUCCCUAGGCUAUUACAAGACCUCCACGAUGAAGAUAAAUUAUUCGGAGACUUAUCACGGACUUUUAAUGAAUUAACUAGAGUUUAUGGAUUCAUAGAAAACGAUUGCUGGUCUUUAAUUAAAGAACUUUCGACCGCUGGAGAUUUUAUUAUUUUUUUACAAUCUGUUGCAGAACACGAUCUAAAAAAUUUAAUUAAUGCUGUAGAUGAUCAUUCUGAUGAACGGUUGAUACAAGAAGAUACUGUGUCUUCUUUGAUUCAAGUCAAGCAAUUUUUGCUUCCAGUAAUGAGCCGUACAGAAGUAACAAGCAUUAAUGCUUUCAUCGACAAAUUAACAUCAAUUUCAAAAAAGAAUCCUACUAUAUCGAAAAAAAUUGCCCUUUGCAAUGCACAUAAUCUUGCACUGAAAAACAUGUGCAAUAAUAUUCUGAGCAAAGGAGAAGUAACAAAAAAACGCAUCAAAAAUGCAGUCACCAUAGGAACUUAUGUAUUUUGGCGCCCAGAAAAAGAGGACAACUGUGCGGUAUCAUUAACUUAUCAUUUGCAGGCAGAACUCAUCGAAUACACUCUUGGUGAUUUACUGGAUUUACGAGGUCGUGCUUUGUUAAUCGCAAAGUCAUCAAAUUCAGUUCAACUUAUGGAGAUUGAUGGCGAGGACGAAGAUGACCACGAAGAGAAAUACAAUAGUGACUUUGUUCAUCACGUUGAUCUUGCACAGCAAAUUCUGAGUGUCGCAUCAAAGUUAAUGCAAUUGGGACACUUUUCUUAUCGAAAAUUUGAAGAAAGGGCUGCGAACGAAGAAGAAAUGUUAGAGUUGCUCGAGAACCUCAAGGAUGACUUGAAUAAAUGGGAAACUAUCAUUAAUCAAAUGCAAGAACAAUACUAUUACUUGACAUUUUAUCCGGCGCGUCAUAUUUUGACAUUCUUUGAUUAUUUUAUUGGGAAUUCUAAGGAUAAUCCCGAAAAUAAAAAGAACUGCGAAACUCUCUUAGCUUAUGUCAAUAAGCAAGCCAAAUUGCCACCAGCAACCGAUUAUAAUAAUUUCGACUACAAAGGGGAAUCGCAUGAAGGAAUCCUCGGUGAAAUCGGCAAAAUAUUGCACAAUAUAAUCGAAGGCACGCCAAAAAGAAUUCGAAAAAUUUCCGCACCAAUCGAACUUGUUCUCUCUGACGUGGUUAACUCUGGCCAAUUGUUUGUUGCUGCUUGCGAAAAAGAUCGAUUGGAAAAUACAAUCAUGUCGAUCUUUGCUAAUCACGGAAUUUAUCCGGAACCUUGGCAGAUACUUAUAUGUCGUUCUUCUACAACUGCAGAAGAACUUUCUCUUUUUACAAAAAGAUGUUUUUUGGCUGCGAUAAAUGGAUAUGAUGAACAUUUGUUUUGUAUAGCCAAUUUGGAAGUUCUGGAUUUUGAGCUUCAAUAUACUCUGGUAAAUGAUAUCCGAUCACUAUGCGGGAAAAAGGAGCAAUAUAAUUUGGCAUUGAUUUGUUGCAGAGAACCCGGAAUUCAUCACCACAUUCUCGACCAAUUUCGGGAACAUGUUCAUGCCACUAAAGGUCUCAAUGUUCAGUCAAUGAGCAAUAUUUACACGGAAAUAUGUCCAGAAGUGAUGUGUGUCUCUUCAGAUUUAUCUGGACAAGGCAAAACUGAGUGGAUCCGUCAAACAAGUAUGGAAAAAGGUUUAAUACCACGAAGUUUGUUAGUCAGCGAUGGAAUUCAAUUUGGGAAACUUGUGCGUCAAUUGAAAGAGAGCAACUUACAUAAAUAUGAAAGUUUGCAUUUAAAUAUUUUAUCCGUUCAACAUCCUGGUGAAGUGAAUAUGUUCCUCUUUGAAUUAUUGACAUUGGGAAUGGUCUCAAACGAAGUAGAUAUUGCAGAAUUACCAGGUACACUAAUAUUCAUAGAGGUGGCGUCCACUGUGGAUCAAUAUCUUCUUAACUCACUUCCACUCACCGGAUAUCUCUCUCGACAACAUCUAACUUGGGAUGAUAAUCAAUUCAUUUCGUCACAUGAGCUUACAAGCCCGAUUCAGGUGGUGGCUCGAUAUCUGGAUGCAUACGAUCAUGGGGUUCUUAAUCAAACGGACAUUUCAAUCAAUACAGGACCUCCAAUACGAGCCAAUCGUUGUAAAGAAUUGAUAGAACAGUACUUUUUUGGUGAAAAUGCAGAAAAUAUCUCUUCAUAUCGGUUUAUCGAGAUUUUUGUCAAUGUGCUAGCUGAUCAGUUGAUCCGUAUGUCGACAAGCACAUACUUUCGAGUUGAAAAUCUUCAGUUAAUGGUAAAAGAGCGUGAUAUUCGUUCGCUAUUGAUGCGACAAUUCAUUGAAACGGGCAAAGAAUUCGCGACGAGAUCAAUUGCAUCGAAGACAGCACAAUUAGAUAAUAUUUCUGAAACGGAUAUUGCACGAUUAGGAGCUAUUUUACCGUGGGAAGAAUCGAACCAUCUAUUAGUGGUGUUUCUAACGCAAUUGCCCGAUUCUAUUGCGGCAUUUUAUAGCGACAAAACAAAGGUACCAGCCAAUGUUGAAAUUCUACUAAAAAGCCAACAAGUUGAUAACCGAAAUUCGGCAUUGGAAGAUUAUCAUAUGAUGAGGCCGGAUGUCUUACUACAAAAAUUGGAAUCCCUUGCCCGAAAAACUAUGCACAAAUUGGCAUUUCCACAAUAUGCUUUAUCGGCAGACAACUUAUUGAAAAUGGCGCUUAUUCUAUUGAGAGCUCGUGCUCAUAUACCGGUGAUUAUAUGUGGAGAAGCAGGAUGUGGAAAGACAAGCCUUUUACACUUCUUAUCGAUUGUCAUGGAAGUUCAAUUUGAAUCUUUGAAUUUACAUGCAGGAAUACGAGAAGACCAAAUUUAUGCAUUUAUUAAUGAUGCUACUGAAAAAGCGGAAGAAGGAGAGCUUUGGUUGUUCUUUGACGAAAUCAACACUUGCAAUCACAUUGGAAUUCUUGCUGAUCUGAUUGCACACCGAACUCUUAAUGGAAAGCUUAUACAUCAUAAUAUUAGAUUAUUUGCAGCAGCAAAUCCGUAUCGAUUACGCACCAAAGCUCAAAGUAGCGCAGGAUUAACUGCAAAAUUGCGUUAUGAGGAACAGAGCAAACUAGUAUAUCAAGUGCAUCCUCUACCUGAUCAACUUUUGGAUUAUGUUUGGGAUUAUGGUAUAUUGAAGCCAAAUGAUGAGUAUUUGUAUAUUCGAAUUAUGGUAGAAAAAUCACACGAAUCACUUGGACCGAAUGCGGUUAAAGAUGGUUUCCACGAUUUAUUAUUUGCAUCACAAAAUUUCAUUCGGGAACAUGAAGAGCCAUAUAGCGUCAGUCUGCGCGACGUUAAGCGCGCGGUUAAGCUAUUCCUAUUCUUCUCCGAUAGUCUUAAAAAAAGGCCAGCACUGAAAAAUCCUAAGUCAAGAAGUCGCAGCAAUUACCCAAACACAAACCGUUAUUCAAUUAUGACUCGUUCUUAUUGUCUUGCCUUAGGACUAUGUUAUCAGGCAAGGCUAUGUGAGAAAAAAUCACGACAACAAUAUCGAGCAGAAAUCUGUUCAAUAUUUAAAAAGAAAAUGACCGAGAAAGACUUUAAUGAUAUACUAAAAGAAGAGCAAGAAGACUACUAUUAUCGUAUGGUAACUGGACCCUCAAUUGCUGCCAAUUCAGCACUUCUUGAGAAUAUUCUCGUGAUGAUAGUGUGCAUUUUGAAUCGUAUUCCGUUAUUUAUUAUUGCUAUACGACUCAUUAGUCAAAAUCUGCGUGGAACUGACUCGUCGGAUCCAUAUUUUCAAACGUUGCCAGGGGUAUACGUCAUUCCUCACCAAGGCUCCUCAUCAUCGACCUCUGACGGUAUUCUCAAAGUCUUCGAAAAAGCUCAUAACUAUCAAAAAACAAGUUCUCAAGAGUUCCCUAUAAAUGCCGUAGUUUUACUGGACGAAGUCGGUUUGGCGGAAACCAGUCCAUUUAAUCCACUUAAAGUAUUGCACUCACUCCUCGAACCAAGCUAUCCAAAUGAUGGCCCAACAGUUUCCGUUAUUGGUAUUAGUAAUUGGCGAUUGGAUAAUAGUAAAUCCAGUCGAGCACUUCUCGUCCAAAGGCCCAAAUUUGAUAAAGAAGAUUUAUUGGAAACAAGCAAAAGAUUACUUGAAAAUAAAAGAAGCAAUCACUAUCAUCGGCACUAUGACCUUUUAGCUGAUGCUUACUUGAAUUACGAGAAUAAUCAAACGUCUUCGAAUUUUCAUGGGUUACGAGAUUAUUACGCAUUAGUGAAGAGCUUAAGUGGAGACUUGACAGCAAAUUCAUUACAACAAGCAUUAGUUCGUAAUUUUGGAGGCACCGAACAAACGUUGGAAGUGUGCAAACGAUACUUUGGACAAGUUUUAAAUAAUCUUGAUGGUUCACUAUAUGAUUACCAGCCAAUCCCAGUGGACACGUUAAUUAGCGCGAAUAUGGAUGAUAAGGAUGCGCGGCAUCUAAUGGUGAUUGGUAAAAGUGACUCCAUAAUGGAUAUUCUAGCAUACCAAUUGCGUCAAAAAGAUUUGGAUCCAGUGGUCAUUUGUGGUUCGCAGUUCCCAGAUGAUCAGGAAGAUUAUUCGUAUGCAGUGUUAAGACGUAUUAUGAUAUGUGUUGAAACUGGUCGGUCCUUGAUUUUAACUGAUUUGGAAAUAAUUUAUGGGAGUCUGUACGAUUUGUGGAAUCAGAAUUACAUAACUGCCGGUACUCAAGAAGAUCCAAAGCACUUCACCCGAGUUGCGUUAGGCGCCUACUCAAACCCAAUGUGUUUUGUCCACGAAAAUUUUCGCUGUAUUCUAAUCAUGGACGAGAAGAAUCUGAAACUAGCAGACCCGCCUCUUCUCAAUCGGUUCGAGAAACAAAGAAUGAGUAUCAACGACACACUAAACGACCAUAAAAGGAAUCUGGUCGAGUGUCUUUUGACAUGGGUUCGUCAAAUUUCAACAUUGGUGGAAAUAGAGGUUAAGAAUGGACAGAUGGACUUUUCAGAAAAUGACAUGUUCAUUGGGUUUAAUACAGAGGAGACAGUGCAGAGUUUGGUCAUUGAUAAAUGUCAGAAAAAUCCCAAUCUAAAUGAUAAUAAGAUAAUUAUGAAGUGUAAAGAAUCGCUUAUCUCCAUUGCAUCUUCUGAUGGCAUUGUACGAUCUGAGAGGUCUGCUUUGGCUAGCACAAAUCGUAAGGAGGUGACACACUGGAAAACCACUUAUUUCUUUAAUCAACGACAUGAUGAUAUUUACGCCUAUUUCGAAGAUUUACUAAGAGUGGAUAGCACCAUCCCAACUGGAAAAGAGAACCAUCAAGUGAUUAUAAAUACAUUUUCCAACAUCAACACCGAUGUAAGCUCAAUAUUGCGAAAUUUAGUAUCGUGUCAAAUCGACAAAUUAUCUACCUUCAAAACGGAAGCUCAACUACAAAACCGCAUAAAACAUUUCUGGCUUGAAUCCGAUUCGCAAUUAUUGGUUUUGCAAUGUGACGUGUCAACAGUAAAAGCCAGAUGCAUCAAAUUGGCGAAAUUUAUUAUUGAACAAUUCCGAUCAGAAUAUUUAGCUCGUGACAAGCAACCAAACAAACAUGCUUGUAUCAUUCUUCAUACUCAACGUAAAAGCGAAUUGAUCAAUUCUUGUUCGUUCAAUUUUAUGUGUGGCUGGGAACAAAUCACUAUCGAGCUACUUAUUCCACAAGAAAAAGCGUUAUCUAGCUUGCUGACUGGUAAUCUUGUGACUAUAAUCGAAUCAUCAUAUCCAUUCAAAGAUGUCCUACAACAAGAGUUGCUGUGGUGUUUAUCAUGUAACAAAUAUCCUUCGACACCAAAGUCAGUGAUUCAUCUACGAUAUUUGCUCCAAGAAAUACCAAAUCAUCCAGCGUUUCUAGACAUUAUACAUGAAAGAGUGCGACAAUAUCUGCUGGAGCAUGAUUCGAAUAAUUGGCAAUUGCAAGUAGCCUCGAACAAAAAAUCAUUGUAUUUAUACUCAUCGUUCUUGGCGGCUCUUCAAUCACAUAUUCGAGAAUUUAUUCGAAAACCAAUCGCUCAAAUCUUGUGUAUUCUGGAGCGAUAUUCCGUCAUACAAACAUUCUUUGAAAUCGAUGGCACAUCGAAAGGAGACGAUUUGCUCGCAUUUUGGUUUGAAAUGUUUCGGGACAAAAGAAUCGUAAAUAUUGAUGAACUGCUAGAACCCAAACCAGAUUUAUUCCGAAUGCCAAAUAUUCAACACAAAUUGCAAUUCCCAUUUUCUUUGUAUUUUUUCGACCGUAUUAAUAAUUUCAAGAAAUUAUAUCAAGAAGAAAUUUCACGAUUAUCGGAGGAGGAUGAGAAUCUCGAUAAUGAUGGCAGACUUUUGAGCCAUAUUAGUGAAGAUGUUCAAAAUCAAUUUGCAAGGAACAUUUUGACAGCAAUUCCUUCACUUCGUUCACCCCUCGUAGAUCAAUCUAUAAAAUUAUACUACGAUGAUUUUCUUACUAUUCUCUCAUCAGAAAUAAUUGGUGACCACACCGAGAAAUUGUUAUCCUAUCUCAUAAAAUCCGAACUUUCCGAGGAAGAGACUAUGCAUUCACUUCACCUAUUGCGCAUCUGUAAUGAUUUAGUUUCCACGAAAUCGAUUCCUCUUGGUGAAAUUAGAAAGCUUAUUCAAAUUUCCCAAGCUAAUAUUGAUAAUAAUGAAAUUUUGUCGAUUGAAACAAUCAACCUUGUAUUGGGAUUAUUAGAUCAAUCAGGAACAGAGGAAUUACUUUUGACUUCACGGCAAUCGUUUCUUACGCGCUGCCUGGAUAUCAUUGGAUCUGAUUCACCAACCCGUGAACGCCUUUACGCAAAAUUAUUCUCUCAGAAGCCAUUCCCCUUUAUGGAAUCAAUAAUUUUCCGUAUAUUCCAUGCUGAAGAUGACGAACAAGAAACUCUAUUUUUCAACCUUAUUCGAAACCCCAAAGAGACCUUAAGAAUGUCACGAAAAUUGCAAGUAAUUAAUAACUGCUUCAAAAAUAACAACAUUGAUUCACAAAUGGCAGCACUUUGUGUGGAUGUAAUACAAAAAAGAUUUUUCGGCUCAAAUGAAAUCGGAGAUUUGACUUUGUGCUUUCACCCGGCCAUUGAAACAUUGCUCGCACCCAACAAUUCAGAGCCUUUACAAUUAUUGUCAUCGAUUGCAUACUUUAAAGAAUUUGUCCAAGUGUUUUGGCAAUCAACGGAUUCUCUCGACAAUCAUUCAUCGACUCAAGAAAUCCAGUUCAAAUUCAUGGAUAUUGACAAUUUGAUUGACGAUAUCAAUAAUUCAUUACGUCUUCAGGGUCAAUUAGUGCAUUCUUUAAAAGUCUACUUUUUAAAGGAAUUGCGAUCUCUUGGAUUUUCAAUUGAACAACUAAAAAAAUUUUCUCAAGUUCAACGAAAUCUGUUGCCAUGGAUGACAGAUCUUUCCUGGGAUAAUGAUACCAACCGAAGCAGACUUCCUAUUAAUCCUUAUUGGAUAAUAGACGCGUAUGUCGAAGCAGAAAAUGCAUACGAGUAUUCCUAUUCACGUCUAAACAAUACCCAAUUUGAUACUUUCUUUCAAAGUAUGUUGCAGAAUAAUGCUGUUGAUCAGCGCAUUGCCAUGAUUGGUUUGAUUUUCGCGAGAUUACAUUCACUUCGAAUUGCUGCUCAAGAAUUUAAUCACGGUGAAAAACGAAUAUAUGAAUUUUUACAUAAUCAAAUACAACGAAUGCAUCUUCCCGCCAUCUAUAAGCAGACUAUCAUGAAAUUGUUUGAGAAUAGACAUCCUCUCGUUCGACUAAAUCAACAAACUAAUAAUCCCCAAUUACUCUUAAUUUCUGUGAUUACGCAUCUUAUUGCUGUCAAUGCGUCACUCCCGCCGGAUCAUUCUCCAUUGAGUAGAUAUAUGCAUCAAUUACAAGCUUGUCAAAAUACGUUCAUUUUGACAUGUCCUUCUAAUAUGGAUUCUGUGAUUGUGAAUGCUCUUAAUGCUGACGACAAAGAGGGGACUAGAUUCACGCGGUAUCAAUGUGAUUGUGGUUAUAAAUAUCUGGUAGGAGAAUGUGGAUUGCCAAUGAGCGCAAAUCAUGUUAUAUCUUCAGGACAGAGUAAAUUAGAUGCAAACCCAAUAACACAGAAUUUACAGGAAGAUCAAGCUGGAUACAUUGUGGAAACUAGCAAUCGUGAAUUAUACCAAAGUGUACGCGCCAUGACUCCAGCGUCAUAUCGAAUCUUGCAUUUAUUUAUUCAUGUGAUCUUUGGAAUAUCAGCUGUUCCAUCUGUUGCGAAUAAUUUCAUUGCCAAUGUUACAGACCCGGUUAAACACUGCUCGGAUCACAUUGUCAAUGACUGGAAUGUUCUAUUACAACUUUUCAAUUGCACCGAUGAAACACUGGCUUUAUUACUUCACGCUAUUAUUUUCGAGAUGACCAAAGAGCCAAGGCGAAAUCCAGUAGCGCUUAAUGCAGCAAUUGAGAGAGAUCAAUGGGAACGAUUUUUCACAGAACGUUUUGUGGCUCCCUUUGUAAAAAGUGUUAACGGAACAGCCGUUGAUCUUCGCGUAAAAAUAGACGCAGUGAAUCAUGGAAGCAGUAUUUUCGAAAAAGAAAUUAACGAGACAAUGAAAAUCGACGAAUUAUAUAGUCAAGAAUAUUUACCAAGACUUUGGCGAAGAAUUGGAGAUACAACACUUGACAAUUUACGCGCAUAUUUUGCUUCAGAUGUACAAAAUGCUAUAAAGCUCCCAUUCCUCGAUGUAUUUUUCAAGUAUGAAAAAAAAUUGGGCUUGAUAAAGCAUAUUAGACCUAUUGUCAAAUUUGUGCAAAUUUUAUCAAAGCGUUUAGGUCAUCGCGUAACUCGAAAGCAAGCUCAGAAUUUAACUUUUCGAGAUUUUAUUGAAGAUCAAGCCUUGAUUUCAGAUGAGUCUAAUUAUUUGGAAAAUACAUUUUAUGAUUUCGUGGAAGCAUGGAACUCUGUAAUCGAACACGUCACGCGUUUUCGAUGCCAAGAUUUAGCGCAGCAACCUACAAUGAAUGAUGGCAUCUCAGUUGUAUUUGGUUUAGUAGAGCCUAAAGGAGAAUCACUCUAUCUCUGUGCUGUAUUGAAUUAUUUGAUUAGUCUACAAAAUGAAUUUUUGCGAGAAGUCGUCACGAUUUCACCUCAAAAUUGUCGCUCUUUACGAUUUUUAGAGCAAGAUGGAAGCAAUGAAAUUGAAUCGAAUACGUCAUCAACACAUCCCGCACAAAAUGUUCGAUAUUAUCUUGGAACAAUGCAACUUGAAAACGUUCGUCCAUCAAAUAUAAUCAAUUAUAAAUGGAAUGACGAGAUACUUAAAUUCAGUCAAAGGAAUCUCGAAGUUGGUCAUGGAGAAGAGAUUGAAUACGAUUUAUACAAAAUGGAAAUUGAAUUGGCGCGUAUAUUGGCAUUUGAUAAAGUUCACAUUGAAGCCAUUCAAGAUAAUUUAUACCUGGAAAAAUUCCCUUAUCAUAUGGAAUUAUUCCAUGGAUCAAUGACGUUAAUAAACGAACGUAAUGCUCUUGGCGAUGGUGACAUGCUCAUCACGGAUUAUAUUCAACAAUGGAUGAAUUCAUCUUCAAUUACCAAGAACAAAGAGCUGCGUCAAAUCUUCCAAGCGGAGCUACAACUCAAGCAUAUCAUCGCUUUAUACGAGUUGAUUGAAGAUAAAGUUGCCGAUGUGAUGGUUGAAUGUAUCGAUAACAAAUAUAAAUCAGAAAUACCAACAGGCGUUGAAGCCGAUAUUUUGGAAAUAGCGGAAUUCGAAUCAACGGCACAACAAUCGAAUCUACAACUCAAAAAGCAAUUGCCAGCCGAAAUAUUCGCUUCCGCGUUGAAACGAUUCAUGUUACGGUACCUUUCUGACGAACUUAUUCAACCAAAGCUUCAGCUUUCACUUUAUCUUUGUGAUGAAUCUCUUAAUUGUUGGCCAUCUAAAUAUACUGAGGAAAUAUUAAACGAUAUAUUUCCGGAUUCAUUCCUUGUUGAGCAUACUUAUGAAGCUUAUCAAUUGAUCAAAAAGAAAUUAGAGGUUGAAGCGAUGAAACGGCAAAUGAGAGAGAAUAAGAUGAAUGCAGGAGGAGCAAGGCGUCUUCAUGAUAGUGGCGCACAUGGAAAAUCUAAACGUGCAAAGAAGAAUCGAGGCGAAUUCGAUGCGAUGUAA